CAGGCGUUAAAUUGCAAGCUUCACAGCGACAGUUGCGCAGAAACUGUAGAAAGUUUGAAAUGUUCGGAGAUGUGUUCUGUAAAGGAUCAGGAAAUUGCCAGCUUAAAAGAAUCCAUCGCUCUACUCGAACAGAAGCUGCAAUGUGUUCUUGCUCCUGUUAAACUGCAUGAUUUAACGGAAACGUCAUCCAAUUUAAAUCGUCAGAAAUUCGUACAAAAUAUGAAGCAAUAUAACAACAUGCUGCUAGAAUUAACCAAAUGUUUUGUAGAACAAAUUGAACGUUUUACGGCUAUGGAAAAAGCUCUGAAGGAAAUUACGGAUGUACUUAAACUUGUCGAUGAUAACUCUAAAAUGCAGUGUAAAGAAAAAUUACACCAGUGUUGCAAACAAUUGGCUGACGAACAGAUAAAAAUCAUGACUGAUAGGCAGACGUUAAUUAAAUCGCAGUAUCAACUCCAAAAGAUCCAGAACUCGAUAUUCUCUGAUUACAAUUCUGUUCUAUAUGAAUUGGAAAUGACGAUCGAUGAAAACGCGAAAUUCGACGUUUUGGAGGACAAUAGCGCUCGUGAGAUUUUACAAAUGAACUUGGAAGAUAUAUUAUUGAGACACAUCAUGACAUCUUCGAUAAAAUAAAUAAAUUUUAGUUAUUUGCAUUUGUAUUUAUUAUCUGCAUUUUAUAUGCUUUUUAUACUUGAAAUACGAAGUACCUGUACCUGUUUUGAUAAAUAAUUAUUAUAUUCAUACGAUUUAAUAA